AUGGACGCGCCUCCGAACAUCGCUUGUGCGCCUUCCUUCGCCUUCAACUCUUGCGAUGACAGCCCAGAGGCCCAGGCGUCGGGAGCCCAGGCCCAUGAGCGCCCUGCUGCUCGCAAGCGGCGGCCCUCUCACUUCGCGCAGCGAAGGAAAUCCAUCGUCAACCAGAUCAUGGAUGGCGAGGAGGGUCUGCUCCUCAAGGUCGAUCUCUUUCUCCAGGAUCUCGAGAGGCGGCUUGAGUACUGGGAGAACUACGGAGAGCUCAGCUUGGAUUCCAGCAUCGCCGCUGCCUUGUCGACGCUGCAGUCGGUGAAGACGCGAUGCUCGCAGGUUUCCGAGGAAGUCGUGGGUGCCGGGCGCCGGAGACUGCACGUCAUGGUGGAAACUCUCGACGCCGGCUACCACGACGCAUUGGCUGCUGCGGGGACGCUCAACGAGAAGGCAAAGGUCGGCGUCGAGCUGCUCGAUACCAUGCUCGCCGACCUCGAGACGCAAGCGAGCAAGCUGCGCGAGAGGGGGUUUGCCAGUGCCGCCGAGAGCCUCAUGGACGAGGGACGCCGGGUUGUCGAUGGCGGCAUUGAGCGAGCGAUCCGCGCUGCCGAGACGCUCGAGGACCAUGUGCAGCGCGCCGUUGCCCACGCCAGGGAACGCGGCCUGCUCCGCUACGAAGACCUCCCCAUGCCCUGGAGAAUCAACCCGCACAUCAUUAGUGGCUACCGCUUCUCCGAGACGAAGCUGGCCUGCGUGCGGUCCGCCUUCGGCUUCUCCAACGAACUCUUCAACAUCUGGUCUCACGCCAUUGGUCUUGUCCUCGUUCUUUCUAUUGCCUUCUACUUUUACCCUACCAGCGUCAACUUCUCCCUGAGCACCAAGGCUGACGUCUUCGUCGCUGCCGUCUUCUUUUUUGCCGCUUGCCAGUGCCUGGUCUGCAGCACCAUCUGGCACACGAUGAACUCGGUCGCCGAUGUCAACCUGAUCUCCAUGUUUGCUUGUGUCGACUACACGGGAAUUUCGCUGCUUAUUGCCUCGUCCAUCAUGACGAUCGAAUACACGGCCUUCUACUGCGAACCCAUGAGCCGCUGGACCUACAUGGUCACCACGGCCCUUCUGGGCGUCGGCGGCGUCAUCCUGCCGUGGCAUCCGCGCUUCAACGGCCAGGACAUGGCCUGGGCCAGGGUUGCCUUCUAUGUCGGACUCGGAGCUACCGGCGCUCUGCCAAUGCUGCAGAUCGCCUAUUCGCGCGGUCCGUCGGUUGUCUGGGAGCUCUACUCGCCGCUUGCCGAGUCCAUCCUCGUCUACCUUUGUGGCGCUUUAGUCUAUGCCAGCAAAGUCCCAGAGAGGUGGUUUCCCGGCAUGUUUGACUAUGUUGGCGGCAGCCACAAUCUCUGGCACAUUGCUGUGCUCGGCGGGAUCCUGUUCCACUAUUCGGCUAUGCAGGAAUUCUUCUCGACUGCCUUCAGACGGGCCCAGGACGGUUGCCCAAUGUAUUAG